AUCAAGGAGUGAAACUCAAAAAUCUACACUACGUGGUUUCUACAAAGAUGAUUCCAGUUCUACUCGCCCCCGGCGCCGUCAUGAUCUUUUCAGCCAUAGGCCUCUCGUUCAUAUCGGGAAUAGCAGUUUACAAAAUUUUCCCAGUCAAGAAGGAAGAGGAAGAAGAGAUGCUGGAGUUCGAAUACGUUCGACCAGAGUUGUGAGUCAAACUCAUUCGGCAUGUACUCUGGUGUUGUAAUCUACACAGUAUCCUGUACAUAAGUUGCUUGUUUGCUUUUGGUUCAACGGA